AUGAAACUCCUCCAAAUCCUCGGUCCACAGCUGGAGCUGUUGGUCAAUAAAGGGCAACCUAACCUCCACGCCAUAUAUGAUGCACUAUGCCAGGAGAAACUCGUAUCACAGCAAGAGCUCCAGGAGCUUCGCGUAACCUUUGCUUUGGAUUCGGAUCCGAUGCCGAAAGGUUCGUUAGAUACGGCGGUUCGCGGGCUGAUCAGAGACGUCAGCAGCAGGGUCCUAGGAAAGCGCAAAUUCGAAGACAUCGACGCCGUGACGGUCAAUAAGAUACCAGUAUCCUGUGACAUAUUCGAGAAGCUUCGGAACGGAAGAUGGCUGAAUGACGACAUCAUUAACCUCGCUAUGAAUAUAUCGGAUAAGCCUAGUUUUGUGAAACAUGGCUAUAGUGUCCCACUGGACGAGGUCGGGAAGACCAGAACUACAAAACCUAUUGAAAAGCCACUUGCCGCUUGGGCCCGGAGGAUAGACCGACUUCGCAAACAGGCGAGAGAUAUCUUUGGAGAUACCAUUCAUCCGGUGUACUUCUGCCCAUUAAACCACAACAACAAUCACUUCACGCUGCUCGAGGUCAACGACAGGGAGAAAGUGAUCCGUCAUUACGAUUCAAUGGCAGACCAAACGAUCACGGAGGGCAGGUUUACGCUGACAAGGGUCGCUCAGCUAGUGGAGGAAGAGUUCGCAGAUUUGGGAUAUGCGUACAGCGAAGCACCUACCCCACAGCAGACAGAUGGAUGGAGCUGCGGUAUCAGGGUUGUCUGGAAUUUCACCCGCCUCUCGAAUGGUCUCCCCAUUGGAGGGUGGGACGCCGUGCUGGAGCCUGAGCGAAUGAUAAUGGAACUUGUAGAAGGCUUGCGUGCAUGUGUCGAAACGAACGCUAUGGGUAAAUAUACUGAGGACCCCAGCGAAUCAUCGAGCGAUUCGGAGAACAGGUCAAAGAAGGCCCGCAACUUGAGCCCGCCAGGACAUCCUCAACGAAAAACAAGUCGAAAGGCCACCAACAGAGACUCAAGAUGA